GGACUGCAUGACUUAACUUAAGUCACUGACUAUGCCACAAGUGGGAGCAGCUGGAAGGUUGUAUUUCAUCGGUAUCUGAUCCUUCAAAAUUUCAAAGUUCUUCCCUUCGCAUUCCAGAAAUCACCUCUGUGCGGCGCUCCGAUUAUCUCCAACCUGAUUUUGAGUUUGUUCUUGGCCUUCUUUCAGGUUUUCUCGAACCUCUUCCCGAUAUCUGUUCCGUAUCUCAUCAGGUCCUCUAACCGAGUCGACGUCAGCCGGCGGCAUCAUGACAUCUCCAGUACUACCUCUGAUGGAUGCCAGACUUGUCGCCGACUUGCGGCAAUCAAUCCAAGAUUGCACAGAGAGAGGGCUAUCAAUUGCAUCCAAAUGGUCUUCUGAAUUGUAUUACGCCAUCCCUUCAAACAAACGUGACGCUUUAAUUUCUGAGGGAUUUGCUACUUUUUCAACAUCUACUCCUGCGCGCUCUCGGUCUCCUAGACCAUCGUUGUCCUUUGCGGAUCCAUCGCCUGCUUCCAGUGCUGCAUUAUGCAUCCCUGUUACUCCUGAAAACCAGGUCCAUCUUCCGUCACACUUCCCUGACGCCCGUGCCCAAGAAACCGAGUUAGAAGCACAGGAUGAAGCCGCCUUAUUCGCUGCUCGAGCGUUUAUGACAGCGAAAGAGUUCACAAGAGUUGAAUUCACCGUGAAGAAUUGCAAGAGUGCUAAAGCACAGUUUAUUUACGUGUAUGGUUGCUUCUUGGCUGCAGAACGAAAAGCACAGCGAGAUUGGUACAGACAAAAUAAUACUCGAGGACAACCCCCUGUCCCCAUAAAUCGUCUGCUUAUAACUCUUCUGGACAUAGUCAAGAAUGCUACAGAUCCUUGGCUUCUUUUCCUGAAAGCCGUUUUCUUAUCCCGUCUCAACCGUCGAGAAGAAGCCAUUGAAAGUAUCAUACGGUCCAUCAGCGGCUAUCACUGGAACUGGUCGGUAUGGACCCUCUUGUACAAUUGUGUGGGCGAUGGUGACGAGUUGACAGCACUUCUUCCGCUGUUGCCCCUUCCUGCAACUCAUCCCCUCAUUCUAAUGUUUCAAAUUCGAACGAUGAACGAGCUUCACAGUCCAUCAGAAAACGAGCUGGCCAUGUGCGAUCGUCUUCUUGGGGAUGACUGUUUCCGUGACAGUGCGUGGGUCAUGAGUCUACGGGCAUGUGCCUUGUAUCAUUUGCAUGACUUUGGACAGGCGGAAAAACAAUUUGAAAAAAUCCUGGCCAUUGCUCCGCACCGUAUCGAUGAUAUUGAUGUCUACUCCAACAUACUCUAUGUCACUGACAAUCGGCUGAAGCUUUCUAGGCUAGCGCAUGAAUUUCUUGAACUCGACAAAGAUCGACCGGAAGUUUGCUGCUUGGUUGGGAAUCAUUACUCUCUCCGCGCAGAGCACGAGAAAGCGGUCAAAUACUUCAGACGGGCGACCGAGCUGGACCGAACCUAUUUGUCUGCGUGGACGUUGAUGGGCCAUGAGUACGUUGAGAUGAAAAAUUCACAUGCCGCCAUCGAAGCAUAUCGUCGAGCAGUUGAUGUGAAUCGGAAGGAUUACAGAGCGUGGUAUGGUCUUGGCCAGGCUUAUGAAUUACUAAGUAUGCACCGGUAUGCGCUGUACUACUAUCAACAUGCCACUGCUCUCAGGCCAUAUGAUGUCCGUCUGUGGCAAGCCCAAGGUGCUUGUUACGAAGAAAUUGGAAGGCUGAAGGAGGCUGUCGAAUGUUUGAAACGUGCUUUACUUGGUGCCGAUCCCCGUGAGACUACCAUCCACAUGAAACUUGCCAAAUUACAUGAGGAGCUGGAGGACCAAGCGGAGGCCGCGGCAUAUCACCGACGAGUUGUAGAAAUCUGUUGUAUUGAAGAGCGGCCUGUCCAAGACUAUGCCAAGUCAAGUAUAUUCGUCGCGCGCCAUAACAUGGUGAUUGCAGGAGGGGAUCUGUUACUUGCCAAGGAUUACCUAGAACGUGUUGCAAAUAGCAAUGCUGAGGAGGUUGCUCAAGCGUCUGAUUGGCUGAAGAAGCUCAAGUCUGUCCUCAUCACACGACCAGCCAUCCCGAUUACCGAGGAGACUUCUGACCGUUGAACUAUCGACGAUUAAGUAGUGUACCUAUUCUAUUAUACAAAAAAUGGAUCGCCCCUCGGAGAGGCUUGCCCUAAAUUC